AUAUUGACUGCGUGUAACAUAAAACAGUUUUUAUGCGGCGCUUGAAGAAAUUGUCGAAGAGUCACAGCGUGACGGUUACACCGGAGAGCGAUGGCAGCAGUGCGACGACGGCAAUGGAGACGGCGACGGUAGCGGCUGCUUCGACGGCGUCCGACACAAAUGGAGGGUCCGGCGCAGGCAGUGUCCUGAAUCCAGAUAUAUUUAAGCAUUUCGACAAGGCCGGCAGAAGUGAAUUUUUGAAAUACCUCAAACAACAGCUGCAAGAAAGUGCCGACAGUCCCGUAUACGAUCAGAAUGGAGUCUUCAGGCAGGGCGUCUCGAAUGCCAUAUACGAGCUGCUCUGGCAAGCAUUGCGCUUCACCCACAAGAAGGAUCUUAUUCUUCAUCUGCUCACAGAAGUUGUGGCCAUACAUAAGGAUUUCCCUAGUCUCAUUGUGGAUGUGGUCAAUAUUUUGGACAGCGAGACUUCCCUUAUGACAGAGGGCCUGCAAGAGGAGCGUCAUGGUUUUGUGCAGCUCGUCAAGGAUAUGGACAAGGUGGUGCCAGAGAGUUUGCUCAAAGAGCGCCUGGAGAUUGAUACGCUGCAGGAGGUGGGGAUUGUGAAGAACAAGGGUUUCUACUCCAAGUUCAUCAAGGUCAAAACCAAGUUGUACUACAAGCAGCGACGCUUUAAUCUAUUCCGCGAGGAAAGCGAAGGCUUUGCCAAGCUAAUAACCGAGCUGAAUCAGGACUUUGAGGAGAGCACCACUCCCGAGAGCAUUAUGGACAUUAUAAAAUCGCUGAUAGGUUGCUUCAAUCUGGAUCCCAACCGCGUGCUGGAUAUCAUAAUUGAAUCGUUUGAAACCCGCCCGGAUCGUUGGCAAUUGUUUAUACCCUUGCUGCGCAGCUAUAUGCCCACGGGUGCCAUUAUUUGUGAAGUACUCGGCUACAAGUUCUGCCAUUUUAAGGACUCUCGUACGCCCCGAUCUCUGUACCAUGUGUGCGCGCUGCUGUUGAAGCACGAGGUGAUUGAACUGAACGAUGUUUACGUCUGGUUGACCCCCAAUGAUGGCAGCAUCAAGGCCAACUGGGAGCACGAGCUGUCGGAUGCCCGAGAAAUGGUGCGAAAACUGAAUCUGAUCUCCACCAACAAAAAGGAAGACGACAAAGAGCCUCCACCACCGCCGCCAACCGUUAAGCGGUUUGAUGAGGAAAAGUACAAUCUUAAUCAAAAGUUUGGUCUCUGCGAGGCUCUGCUCAAGGUGGGGGACUGGGAGAAUGCCCACAGAAUCAUACAAAAACUGCCGGAACAAUCGGUGGUCAUACAAGAGCCCAUUGCCCGUGCCAUUGUCGAACUGAUUCAUUUGUCCGUGGAGCAUGUCUACUACAAGAAAUGCUUCAAAGCCCCCGCCGGCCGCAAACAGAGUCGCAAUCGUUUGUACGAUGAUGCCAAGCUGGUGGCCAAGAUGCAGGCCCGUGAAUUUGUUGAUCUGCGGAAGUAUACGUGGCCGAUGGCUAAUGUUUUGGGCCCGGCGAUGCACUGUGACACGGUGCUAAUGUACAAACUGAUACGGAUUAUGAGCAAGCUAAUUGUGGAGAUGGGUGUCGACAGCAUGAAUGGCCCGCCGCCUAAUUCAGAGGCGGAGAAGCAUUACUACGACAUAAUGACCUGCAUGGAUUCGUGCAUACUGCCAUCGCUGCUGUAUUUGGACAAUAAUUGUUCCAUGUCCGAGGAGAUUUGGGCUGUGCUCAAGUAUUUCCCGUAUCAUUUUCGAUACAGUUUGUAUGCCCGAUGGAAAAACGAUAGCUACCAGCUGCAUCCGAAUCUGAUACGACGCAGUGGCUUGGCCAUGCGCGACAUCAAGGGACUGAUGAAGCGUGUCAGCAAGGAAAAUGUAAAGCAAUUGGGUCGACUGGUGGGCAAGUACUGUCACUGUGCUCCUGGACUGAUGUUUGAUUAUAUUCUCCUGCAAAUCCAGAUGUACGACAACCUUAUCGCACCUGUCUGUGACAUGUUGAAGUUCCUGACAUCUCUGUCCUUUGAUUGCCUGGGCUAUUGCAUCAUUGAAUCGCUGACUCUGACGGGUCGUGGCAGGUUCAAAGACGACGGCACUUCGCUUUCCCUGUGGCUGCAAAGUCUGGCCUCCUUUUGUGGGACCAUCUACAAAAAAUACAGCAUCGAAUUGAGCGGCCUGCUGCAGUAUGUGGCCAAUCAAUUGAAGUCACAGAAGAGCCUGGAUCUGCUAAUACUACGCGAGAUUGUGCACAAGAUGGCUGGCGUGGAGUCGUGCGAGGAGAUGACCAACGAACAGCUGCAGGCCUUGUGCGGGGGCGAACAGCUGCGCGGCGAGGCGGGAUAUUUCAGUCAAGUGAGGAACACUAAGAAGUCAUCAAAUCGGCUGAAGGAGGCCCUGGCCAACAAUGAUCUGGCUGUGGCCAUUUGUCUGCUGAUGGCCCAGCAGAAGCAUUGUGUGAUCUAUCGUGAAACGGCGGCGCAUAGUCAUCUGAAGCUGGUGGGGAAUCUUUAUGAUCAGUGCCAGGACACGCUAGUGCAAUUUGGCACCUUUUUGGGUUCCACCUAUUCGGUGGAUGAGUAUGUGGAGCGACUGCCAUCGAUCAUAACGAUGCUAAGGGAGUAUCACAUCAAUACGGAUGUGGCAUUCUUUCUGGCGAGGCCCAUGUUUACACAUCAGAUUAAUCAAAAGUACGAUCAAUUGCGUAAAUCCGAUCCGAAUGCCAAAAAACUGACCACCACACAGAAAAUGCAAAAGUAUCUGGACGCCACACAACUCAUCAUGAACCCCAUUGUGGAGUCUGUGCGUCCGCUGCAUAGUGCCAAAGUGUGGGAGGACAUAAGUCCGCAGUUUUUGGUGACCUUCUGGAGCCUCAGCAUGUACGAUCUGCAUGUCCCCAACGAUAGCUACCAGCGUGAGAUUGGAAAACUCAAGCAAUUGGCCCAUCAGGCGGCCGAGGGCAAGGACUCCAACCAGUCCAAGAAUAAAAAAGAACAAGAGCGAUACAUUGCUUUGAUGGAGAAGCUAAAUGAUGAGCGGAAGAAGCAACACGAGCAUGUCGACAAGAUACAGCAGCGUCUGCAAGAGCAGAGGGACAGCUGGUUCCUGCUGCGUUCGGCCAAGUCCGCCAAGAACGAUACCAUUACGCAGUUCCUGCAAUUGUGCCUGUUUCCGCGCUGCACUUUCACUGCCCUGGAUGCGCUCUAUUGCGCAAAGUUUGUCCAUACCAUCCACAAUCUAAAGACGGCUAAUUUUUCCACCCUGCUGUGCUACGAUCGGAUUUUCUGUGACAUUACCUACUCGGUUACCUCUUGCACGGAGGGCGAGGCGACACGCUAUGGCCGCUUUCUGUGCGCCAUGCUGGAGACUGUGAUGCGCUGGCAUGCCGAUCAGGCCGUUUUUAACAAGGAGUGUGCCAAUUAUCCCGGCUUUGUGACCAAAUUUCGUGUCAGCAAUCAGUUCUCAGAGGCCAACGAUCACGUGGGCUACGAAAACUAUCGACAUGUGUGCCACAAGUGGCACUAUAAGAUCACCAAGGCCAUUGUUUUCUGUCUAGACUCGAAGGACUUUAUGCAGAUACGGAAUGCACUGAUCAUUCUCAUGCGUAUACUUCCACACUAUCCCGUGCUGGCCAAGCUGGCGCAGAUCAUUGAACGGAAGGUGGACAAAGUGCGCGAAGAGGAGAAGACCAAACGACCUGAUCUGUAUGUCAUAGCCUCCAGCUAUAUUGGCAAACUGAAGCUGAAGACACCGAACAUGUUCAAGGAGAGUGACUUUCAUCAGUUGCCUGAGCGGUUGCCCACUAAAGAUUCGCAGGAGCCGGAAGCCCCAGGCACUGGUAGUGGGCCCAACAUCAAAGUUUUGGCCUCGGAUAAGGUGGCAACACAAGGUCCUACCUCACCAACGGCCACCAAGUCGGGGGGCAGUGCGACGUCCUUCUACAACAGCGAACAAAAUGCAACCGGCAAAGAACGAGAUGUAAAGUCAUCUCUCAGCACGCGCCACGACUCGAAACCCACCGAUCCCCGGGUGCCACCAUCAUCCACCGCCAACUCAGCGCCGUCCGAACGGGAGAGCAAGCAAAGAGACCUGCCUGGAGCCAGAGAGUCACACUCCCGCCUUACGAAGGAUGAGCUGCAUCUGCACCAGGAGCAGCAGUUCCAGUCUGGCAGCAUCAAUGCCAGCAAUGGCAGCAGCCAAAACGAUCGUCACAGCCGUGAAGUGGAUCGUGAACGGGAGCACGAGCAGAGGCACAGCAGCCUCACCAGCAGCCAUCGCAGCUCCCGAGAGACCAACAAUCGCCCCAAGGAGCGUACUGAAGCGGAGCUGAAUCAGCGUGCCCGAGAGCGUGCCCAACGCCAGGAAGAACUGGAGGCGGCAGCAGCCCAACGUAAUCAGAAGCGAGAGAAGACAUCGCGACGUGAGGAGCGGCAUCGACACGAGGGUCUGGAAACAGUGGAUCUGGUGGCCAGCAACUCAACUGAGCAUCGACAGUUUGACGAGUACGAGGGCCGCCAUCGGGAUCGUGAUCUGAGCUCUGUUUCGAACGAGAGCAAUGGUUCCAUGCAACACAGACGCAGCCUUGAGGCUAUUGAAUACGAAAAAGAUUCAAAGCGUCGCAAAUUGGAAUCAUCGUCGAGCAGUUCAAAGAAGGUUGAGGAGCUCGUCGACAGCGUGAAGAAGGCGCGUCUCAAAACCAAAGAGCGCAACAAGGACAAGAUGUCCGAUGAGGAACGGGAUGCGCGCAAGGAUCGCAAGCUGGGACGCAAGCGGGACCGCGCCGAGGAGUCCAACAAUGUCGAGCACAAGCGACGGCGCGAAGCACAAAACGGCGAUGAUGAUCUGCGUGAGCGAGAGCGACACAGAGAUAAAUCCCCACGUGAGCGUUCCCAUGAGAAGUUUGACAGAGAACGAGGUGGAGGAGCCGCGGGCGGCAGUAGUUCGCGAGGCGACGAUCGACAGUACUCUAUCAAAACAACACGCUCCUCCAGGGUCAACUACUAAUCAACCAUAUCCUGGGAUCGAUCGUAUCAUUUUCUCUGAUGCAUUUUGUAACAUUUCUAAAACGAAUUCUGAAUUGUCUCUUCAACCAACAAUAACAUCAACACCCAAUGCGACUCUUAUUUUAAAAAGACUUAAAAUUGUCUUAGGUACCUACCUAAAAGAAAAUUCAAUCAAUUACACUGUACAAAAAUAUCUAGAAAGAAACCUUUUAUU